AUAAAACGGAUAGAUAAAAUAAUUUUUAAAAUUAUCCUUCAAGUGUAAUAAAAAGGACUAACAUUAACUAAUGUGAAAUAAGUAAAAAUAGGAUAAUUUGCGCCACAAGGAUAUUUAAUAACUAAAUAGUGCAUUUCUGUUCAUACGAUUUUUUAAGUGAAUGACAUCAAUGUGUCUUUAGUUGAAAUUAACUAAAAUUAAAUUACGAAAAUGGGUCUGGAGUUUUUCUUCAAAUUUGGGUACGUUUUCCUAACGACAACUUUAAUAAUUAUAAUAUGGAUGUCGCUGGCAAGAGCUUCGGUACACAAUCAUCGCGAAAUGGAGGAGGCGCGAUAUCCACCUUGCACAUUUAAUGCGCUAUGCACAUGUUCAAAAUCGUCAACAGAUUUGGGUAUAGUACACUGUAAGAAUGUACCGUUUCCAGCGCUUCCUCGUAUGGUCAAUCAGUCCAAGGUCUUCAUGUUAAAUAUGGAGAAUACGGGUUUAAGAGAAAUUGAACCAUAUUUUUUACAAUCGACAGGCAUGUAUCGUUUGAAAAUUUCGGGGAAUCAUUUAACCGAAAUACCAGAUGACGCUUUUACUGGAUUGGAACGUUCGUUGUGGGAGUUAAUAUUGCCACAAAAUGAUUUGGUGGAGAUACCGUCGAAAUCAUUUAGACAUUUGCAAAAGUUACGUCAUUUAGAUUUAGGUCACAAUCAUAUCACGCAUGUGCAACAUGAUUCAUUUCGCGGUCUAGAGGAUUCAUUGCAAACGCUCAUACUACGCGACAAUUGCAUUUCAAUGCUGCAGGCUCAUAGCUUUUCAGGAUUAUUAAUUUUGGAAACUUUGGAUUUGAGUGGUAACAAUCUAUUUGAAAUUGAUCCUAAUGUCUUUGUGGAUGGUAUGCCACGUUUAAUGAAACUUUUAUUAACGGAUAAUAUAUUAUCUGAAAUACCGUAUGAUGCAUUGGGACCUUUGAAAAGUUUACGCACCCUUGACAUAUCACAUAACGUGAUAUGGUCUUUGAGUGGUAACGACAGCUACGAUAUUAAAGCCACUGCAAAGUUAAAUUUGGACAAUUUACAUUUGGAAUAUAAUAAUAUACGCAUGUUGCCACCAAAUUCAUUUAAAUAUUUCGAUAUAGUAAAUCGUACAUUUUUCGAUGGUAAUCCAAUACAUACAAUGAGGGAAGAUGCUUUCAAACCAGCUAAAAUACGUGAAAUUUAUAUGCGUUAUUGCGGCUUAACGGAUAUAUCACCGAUGGCCUUUGAUAGUUUGGUAAACACUUUACAAAUCUUAGAUAUAUCUGGAAACAAUUUAAGUUAUAUUCAUCAUAAGCUUUUUAACAGCUUUGAUGUUUUGAGGGUGAUAAGUAUGCGUGACAAUAAUAUUAAAAUUCAACAGCCCACCGAAACAUUUAAUGCGAUGCAAUAUACAUUGCUUAAAUUGGAUUUAAGCGGUGAUAAUAAUGACCCAACAAAUUUACAAACCCUACGCAAUAUGACCAGAAUGAGAAAUAUGCGUUCGCUUUCCAUAUCACGCAUGAGUACAACGUCAAUUGGUGCCGAUGAUUUUAAGGAUUUCGGUGUUGAAUUGGAAGAUUUGCAAAUAACGCGUGCCGCCUUAACGAAUAUUCAGGCGCAUGCCUUUAAAUAUGUAAGAGGUUUGAAACGUCUCGAUUUUAGCGAGAAUAGCUUGCAAAGUAUUGAAUCCGAUGCUUUCCAUGAGAUCGGGCAUUCAUUGAUUUCAUUAAAAAUAGCUCAUGGUUUUUCGGGUACAGCGUUACCAUCGGAUGCUUUGCGGCAUUUGACUUCGUUGCAAGAAUUGGAUUUCAGUAAUAAUAAAAUUCAAACUAUGAGUGAUACAAGCUUUCAUUUUUUGAAAAAUUUAAGACUCUUAGAGUUGCAUGAUAACCGCAUAGAACAAGUUAUGAAAGGAACAUUUCAGGGUGAUAUACAUUCAAAGUUGGAGGAGAUAUCUUUUCGUUUCAAUCAGAUGACUCAAGUCUCUCAACAUACAUUUUUCGAUUUAGAGGCUUUGCGUAAACUUCAUUUGGAUGAUAACAAAAUAGAACGUAUCGAACGACGUGCUUUUAUGAAUCUUGACGAACUCGAACAUUUAAGCUUGCGUGGUAAUAAACUUAACAAUCUAGCCGAAGAAUCAUUUCAGAAUUUACCAAAGCUGGAAACUUUAGAUAUGGCCUUUAAUAAUUUACCCAAUUUCAAUUUUGAUUAUUUCGAUCAGGUCGGUACAUUAUCAAAUUUAAACGUGAAUGUAAGUCACAAUCAAAUUAAAAUGUUAAUGCACAAUUCAUCGUGGAAUGGAAGAAGUGAUCAUGGUUCAAUGUAUCAUUCGAAUAUAAAAAUUUUGGACUUAUCACAUAAUAAUAUAUCUAUUAUACAUCCUGGUUAUUUUCGUCCUGCUGAAAUAUCUUUGACUCAUUUACAUUUGGGUUAUAAUGCAUUAAUGAAUGCUACACGAGAUGUAUUCGGAAAUAUGCCGCACUUGCAAUGGUUGGAUAUUUCUCAUAAUUUCAUACAUGAAGUAGAUUUUGAUGCUUUUAAGAAUACGAAGCAAUUGCAAUUGAUUUAUUUAUCCCAUAAUUAUUUGACGGAUAUGCCGCAAGAUAUUUUCAAGCCCAUCAAUGCUUUAAGGGUAGUAGACUUAUCUCAUAAUAAUUUGCGUGGUCUACCUGAUAACCUAUUUUAUAAUGGAGGCAUGGAAAAAUUAGACGUGUCUCACAAUUUGCUGCUUAAGAUACCAUCCUCAUCGCUCUCAAGUUUGGCCGCUUUGACUCUAUGCGAAUUGCAUCUAUCCAAUAAUUUCAUAUCCACUAUACAUAGCAUGGAUUUGUCUAAUAAAUUUCGGCCGCAUAAAUAUCGGUCUCUGCGUUACUUGGACAUUUCGUAUAAUUAUUUGCUGCGUAUCGAUGAUGCUGUAUUCGCUACUAUGCCCAAAUUGGCAGUUUUAGACCUAUCUCAUAAUCGUGAUUUGAAAGUGAUGGAUAAAUCAUUUAUGGGACUUGAGAAUUCAUUGAUUAAAUUAGGCUUGGAGAAUGUCUCAUUAAGUACUGUACCCGAGAUACGCUUAAAAUAUUUACGUGAAUUUCGUUUGGGUUAUAACGAAUUGCCAUCAAUACCACAAGAGCUUGCACACAAUAUGAGUAAUCUAAGAAUGUUGGAUUUGUCAAAUAAUGACUUGACCAAUGUGCCACUGAUGACGCAAUCAUUACCACAUUUAAGAAAGCUGAUGUUAUCUGGUAAUCCGAUCACAUCGUUAAAUAAUAAUAGCUUCGAUGGAGUGAACGAGGAUUUGGAGAUGCUAGACAUAUCCAACUUUCGUUUGCAUUAUUUUGAAUACGGCUGUUUGGAUGCACUGCCACAUUUACGUUCACUUAAACUGACCGCCUAUUCACAUUUGGAACAUUUUAAUAUACCGCAACUGUUGCGUAAUCAUUAUAAUAUACGUGAGUUGUGGAUUGAAGCGCCGCAACCGUUUACGCGUAUUGUUAAGAAGGGUUCCGGCCCGACGCAAGAAAUGCAAGCUGUACAAAUGGGCGCUCCCACUGAUUUAGAGCGCGAGAUGAGAGGACAUUUGCCGCAUAAAUUAACGAAUAUUACAUUUAGUGGUCCACAGUUUACUACAAUAAAUGAAAAUAUUUUGAAGGGCAUGCUUUCACCAUAUAUAUAUAUACAAUUGUUUAAUACUUCUUUACAAGCAUUGCCGAAUAAUUUCUUUAAAAAUAUGGGUCGUGUGCGUAACAUAUCUCUAGACAUACGCUAUCAUAACACUAUGUUAAGAAAAAUUCCAAAUCCAAAUACUGGCAGAGUACCAUAUUUACCGAAUAGUGUCUUUUUAACCGAUUUAAAAAUGUCUAAUUCCGAUUUGAAUUGCGAUUGCGAUUUAGGCUGGAUUGAAUAUUGGCAAAGAAAACGACGUCAGUAUAUAUGCUCUUCGCAAACAUGGACGGAUACCGUAUUUCGUACGUUCAUGAAUUCGCCAUGUCAAGUUUACGGCCGGCAUGAUUGCGAGGAACAUGAUGAUGAUUUGCGUGAAACUCGUUGCGAGAAUAAGGGCGGACAACAGUUAAUGGAGGCAUUGAAAUUUGAUUUAGAAUGCGGUUGGGAUAGUGCGAUCUGUCAGGAGGCCACUGUUUUGGUCUUAAUAACAUGCUUAGGUUUAUUAUUUUGGAUGUGACUGUUGUAUUGUGUGUACAAUAUAUCUAAGGAGUUCUUUGAAACGUUGGAGAGCGUCUAUGGUCAGCCAGUUGUUUAAGGAAAUAGUUUAUGAUUUAAAAAAUGCAAAUUUUAAAUCCACUUUUUUUUUUUACAAUAUAUACCGGAAGAUAUGGUAUAUGGUAUAUGGUAGAAGUUUUCUUACUUAAACAACUAACACAAUACGAAAAUAAGAAGCGUUGUUAUUAAGUCUGGUUUUAAAACAUUUCACUUCAUUGUCCUUUUAAGCAUUAUAUCCUUUUUGUAUUUGCUUAACUUUUCUUUAAAAAA